UGUUUUGCAGGAAGGAUGAAGAGUCUUAAGGAUUGGAUUUCUUCUCGGUUAGUUUCCAUGCCCUUGGUUUUGCCUCGGCCAUUGUCGGGCAGUGACAAUUUCUUUAGAGAGGAAUCCUCCAAUGAAGAGUUUGAUGACCAAGGUGCUGCUCACUCGAACACUUUGGUAACACCACGCAUCCAUCCUGCCCCAUCAACCUCAUUUAAUAGUGAUCAGGAAAAUCAGUCUGGUCCUUCCCUGCAGCAUGUUGUAGUUGAAAAUUCUGAUCACUCUCAUGAUCGCUAUGGUAAGAAAAAGAUGGGUCCUUUGGUAAGAAUUGACGAUCUUCAAGUUGGCUUGGUCUGUCGCAAAACAAUGUUCUGGUGGCUAAGGUUCUUUAUCGUAUUCACCUGGCUACUUUGAUACGAGCAGAAGAAUCAGAUUUGAAAAGAGUUAAUCUCAGCAGUGAUAGAGCUAUAGCAGUGGC